CGGAGUUCAGUUUCCGGAGUGCGCCAAGUUCAAGCAGGCGACCUCAGGCCCGGCGCCGGGCGCUGCCACUGGGGGCGCGGGGGUCGCCUGGACCCCUGAGCUAGGACGCCGCGCGCGUGCGCAGUGGUCUCGGGCUCUGCUGACCGUUGUCCCAUCCACCGCUGCCCAGGGACGGCUCCCCCGCCGCCUCGCCUGCCUCCUCCCCCUCCCCGGCUCUGGUCACAGCUCUGCAGCGCAGCCGGGGAGGGGAGGAGCCCUCCAGCGCAGAACCGGGGCUCUCGGCUCGGCCCGCCCAGAGGGGCGUGGGAGGGCGGGGCGGCGGACUUCGGACUCCAGCCCCCACGCUCGGCUUUGCCUGCUGCCCUCCGCUCUCCCCGGCCGUCAGGGAGCCAUGUCUGCGCUGCUGGGGCUCCGGCCCGAGGUGCAGGACACCUGCACCUCGCUGGGGCUGAUGCUCUUGGUCGUGCUGCUCAUGGGGCUGGCCCGCGUGAUCGCCCGGAGACAGCGGCACAGGCCCACGGCCCACGCCUUCAUCCUGGAGUUUCUAGCCACCUUCCAGCUCUGCUGCUGCACCCACGAGCUCCAACUGCUGAGUGAGCAGGAACCCGCGCACCCCACCUGGACGCUGACCCUCAUCUACUUCUUUUCCUUGGUGCAUGGCCUGACCCUGGUGGGCACAGCUAGCAACCCGUGCGGCGUGAUGAUGCAGAUGAUUCUGGGGGGUAUGUCCCCGGAGUCGGGGGCCAUGAGGCUGUUGGCUCAGCUGGUUAGCGCCCUGUGCAGCAGGUACUGCGUAAGCGCCCUGUGGAGCCUGAGUCUGACCAAGUACCACUUCAACGAGAGGAGCUUAGCUUGCAAGAAUCCCAUCCACACGGACAUGUCCAAAGCGAUCAUCACAGAGGCCAUCUGCUCCUUCAUUUUCCACAGCGCUCUACUGCACUUCCAGGAGGUCCGAGCCAAGCUUCGCAUCCACCUGCUGGCUGCACUCAUCACCUUUUUGGCCUAUGCAGGAGGGAGCCUCACCGGAGCGCUGUUUAACCCGGCUCUGGCACUGUCUCUGCACUUCCCCUGCUUUGAUGAAUCCUUCUACCAGUUCUUUGUAGUAUACUGGAUUGCUCCUUCUCUAGGUGUGCUGCUGAUGAUCCUGACGUUCAGCUUUUUCCUUCCGUGGCUGCACAACAACCAAACGACGAACAAAAAGGAGUAACGACUCCCAAAGACUCAAACUCAGUCACCGGAGAGUCAGGGGGGUCUGACCCAUGUGACCCCCUCUCAAACUCUGGCCGCACUGGACUCGCUGCUGUCUCAACAUCCUCUGUGGAUGGCGUCUACCUGCACUUAAAAUUACUGUGAAAAUGAGGUAGCCUGUCUUUCCCAGCUAAGCCUGUUCUUCUGAGUGAUGUAUUAAAUGCUGCUAGAAAAGGCUCAUUCAUUAAUCCUCUAUUCCCCGGUGAUAAAAAACCAAGUGAAUACAAAGUUAAGUGGGAGAGGACCGAAGAAAUUCUGUACUGUCCCUCUGAAUGACCUGGGCUCCAAGCUCAAGCGUCACACUCGGGGAGCUAAAAGAGGUGCUUUUCAGCCACAUCUCAGUGACACCAUCAGUGAUGGCAUCUCUUAAUAGAAGAGUUGGUUUGACACAGGGUCUCACUUGUGGCCUGGCUGGCCUCAAACAUGCAGUGAUCCUUUCGCCUCUGCCUCCCAAAAAUUACAGAGGUGUACCGUCACAACCAGGGUUUGUUUUAUUUUUGUUUUGGGGGUAUGGGCUCACAUGAUGUAGCCCAGGUCGGCCUUGAACUCACCAUCCCCUUGAGUGCUGGGAUUAUAGAUUUAUACUACCGCAACUGCCUCAGGUUCCCUAGCUUUUAAAUAUAUUCUAACCCUGAAACAGACGGUUUCAGCCAAUUGUCUUAAUAGAAUGUGGUAAAACACCCCACAGCCAGGAUUUGAUCUCUUCACUUCUCAAUUGCACUUUGACAGCUCCCUGGAGAUGCAGGUGGGUUCUUGCUCUGUGGCUUUAUUUCUGUAAUGACGCACUGGCAUGCUCAAAUGACAUUCCAACGGCAAACCGUGGGAACGAGUUGUUCACCUCCAGUUUACCGCUCAGGAGCUAAGCCUAGAGGUGUGCUUUGUGCCCCCACCUACGGCGAGGCAAAUGUAACUCUACACGAACUUCUCAGCAACAAAAACUCCUUCCAGCCAGCAGAGACUGGAGGAAAAGGUUCUCAAUAUUAAAUUCUUUUUAUG